GCAUGUCAGCGAGUAACUGAAGUGGCACUGUAAUAUCUAUAGCAGGCUGUGAAGCCUAUGAAGGACAACUGCAGACGAUUAAGUCCUCACCAUGACGUGUUUGUGGCUGAUCUACAGUAACAGAAUAGAAGGAAGGGGAUAGAUGCACGCCAGGAUUUUGCGCAACGGGUUCUAUAGGGAGAGAGGGGGUCAGGGUUCGUCCAAAAUACCAUCUCACGCACCAGAUGAACUAUAUUCACCUCUAAGAGUAUAGUAAUACAUAAAAGGACAAAGCAACAUGUCUUCACGUACUUCACGUAUAUAACUUACAUUGUAUGGCGGGGAUGAAACUCGUUGAAAUGACGCCAGUAUGGUAGCUAAAAUUGUAGACAGUAAACUCCGUGGGUCGUUCUUUCACUACGGGCGCGCGCUGGCUAACCAUCCCGCCCCCUUCAUCGCGCUACCGCUAGUGUUGUCCGCGUUGCUGGGAUAUUUCGGAGGAUCUCGUUUGACCCUAGGCGAUGAUUUGGUGUAUCUGUUUACACCUGAGGACGGGCAGGCGAAGAGAGACGGCAGCGCCAUGCGGGAGGCCGGGUUCCAACCCACCGACCUCACAACGAGCUGGUCGGCUGGGCGCGUCAUCGUGAAGGUAAAGGAUGACAGAGAAAACAUACUGAGAAGUGACCCUGUAGACGAAAUUCUUCGCCUUGACGGCAUCAUUCGCAACGCCAAGAACACCGAUGGAGAAACCUUUGCAGACCUAUGCUUCAGGAUGGAGCUCGGGUGCCUAGAAAGCAACAUACUCCGUCUGAUGACGUAUUUUCGUGUAUCACACACUACUCAGGUCGUGAACGUUACAUAUCCGUACUACAAGCCAUUCCCUGUCGGGUGGUGGUCGGGUCUGUAUCUAGGGAACGAACUGGGAGGGGUUGAGACAGCGCGGGACAGCACGACAGUUCUAGCUGCUAGGGCGGUACAGCUUGUAUAUCACGUGAACGCAACUGGACAACGGAGGAUAAGCAUGAUGAGAGCAUUCCACCGUGCUGUCGCGGACUUCCGGUCCGACAGAGUCCUGGCGUUCUUCACUUCCGGCGAUUCACUCAACGACGAGAUUUUGACCCUCCCAGGGCGAGUUAUGCCAUACCUCGCCUUAUCCGGCUUUUUGUUGAUAGUUUUCGCGGUCGGGUCGUGCACGAUGGCGGACUGCGUGCUGACGAAGCCGUGGGUAGCGCUGGUCGGCGUGGUGUCGGCGGGUCUGGCCAUGGUGUCGUCCGUAGGACUGGUGCUGUUGUGCGGUCAGACGUUCCACACACACGUGACCGUGGUGCCGUUUCUAUUACUCGGUAUUGGUGUGGACGACAUGUUCAUCAUGAUCGCCUCGUGGCGUAAGACCGACCCCCGGCUGGCGGUACCGGAGAGAACCGGUCACGCCUUAGCCGACGCCGCCACCGCCAUCACCAUCACCUCCCUCACGGACUGUGUCGCCUUCGCCGCCGGCACCAUCACGGUCUUCCCCGCCGUGCGGAUCUUCUGCAUCUAUGCUGCUGUAGGCGUCGCCUUCGACUACCUGUACCAGAUUACAUUUUUCGCCGCCAUCUUGUCUCUCGCCGGACGAAGAGAGAAGGCUGGUCGCCAUUGGCUGACGUGUCUCAAAGUUCCAACCAAUGAAGAGGCAAGCCAAAGGUCAUCAAUCUACAGACUCUGCUGCUUUGGGGGUACUCCAAACCAAGAUGGCGUCUCCGAUCAACAUCAAAAUGAUGAAGACCGACAACUGCCAUUCGUCAGUAAGCUGCUAUGUAACUAUCUUACCCCAUUUGUUGUGAACCCUUUUGGAAAACUGGUUAUUUUGUUUAUAUUUAUUGGUUAUCUGGGGGUUGGGAUAUGGGGAUGUUUUUACGUUCGUGUAGGGUUAGAAUUUGAAAACUUGGUUGCAGACGAUUCUUUCGUCAAAGACUUUUAUCGAGCCGAACAUCGGUACUUCAAGGAGUACGGACCGAAAGUAGACAUCGUAGACACGGGUCCCUGCGAGUACUGGAAGAAAGAAGUGCAAGAAGCUGUAAGGAACAAAACGAGUUCCUUCGACCAAAGUUCCUUCUUCAAGAAUUCGUCCACGACCGCCCAAGUGUGGCUGGAAGAUUACCUAACGUUUCUCAACGAUACAGGAAACAGCAACGCUGCUACAGAAAAGUCGCUUUUCCUGUAUCAUCUCAACACUCAGUUUUUACCAACAGUCGGCAGACAUCACAAAAUGUCCAUAAUUUUCAGCUCAAACUUUAGUGUCAUAAAGGCUUCUCGGUUCGUAGUGAUUGCCAGAAAUGUGAAGACGAAAGAACAAGAGAAAGACAUGAUGCUGGAAGCCAGGAGAAUAUCGGAACAUGGCCCGUUGAAAAUGUCUGCCUUCACGAUUGAUUUUGUUUUCUCUGAACAGAUUUAUGAAAUUUGGCCCAGCACCGUGCAGACGAUACUUAUCGCAGCGGCCGCCAUGUUUGUUGUGUCUCUGAUUUUCAUCCCUCAUUGCCUCUCCACGGUGCUGGUGACCUUUGCCCUUGUCUCCAUAGACGCGGGACUUGCGGGAUACAUGGCACUGUGGGGAGUUAAACUGGACAUCGUUGCCGCGGUUUCAUUAAUUGUUUGUAUCGGCUUCUCUGUUGAUUUUUCGGCCCAUAUUACCUACGCUUAUGUCAGUUCUAAAGCAGAAACAACAGGGAAGAAGAUGAGAGAAGCGUUACAAACUGCAGGCAUGCCUAUCAUACAAUCCAGCAUGUCGACUGUGCUAGGCCUGCUCGUUCUCGCAUUUUUCCCGGCAUACCUAUCCCGAUCGUUCUUCAAGACCAUGUUUCUUGUGAUGGUGUUCGGUUCGUUACACGGGCUUUUUAUUCUACCCGUCCUUCUGACAGCGCCAUGUCCGGAAAGCUGCAUUACAAGGCGCCGCUGACAGGGGGCGGUUGCCAACCAGGCAGAAAAAAAAGGAAACCGAGCAAAUAGAAAACCAAACGGGAGAAACUACGUCCUUAACAGAACAGUCCCUAUAUUUGGAGGGUGGCUCUUUUCCUAUGAAGACAAUGUCUAGUUCUGAAAUGUCCAGGGAGGAAAAUAUAGAGCGCUGUCUACGGGACGCAGAGGACACCUUACUAACGGUCGUUCUAGAAGGCAAGGUGGCAGGCCUAGACAAUCCUGUACUACAGAUAACACCAAUAACUCUCAACCAGGAAACCAGAACCACUACACUCUAACCUAGUCCAGUCUAUCGUGGUUGGGCGGGUUUCCUACGGGGCUGCAGGGGCUCUUCCCCGCCCGCCUGAGCUAGGUUCCCCCGGUAGGUUUUUCACGGCAGGAGUUUGAUUAUUCGUGG